GUUCGGCCGUCAAGUUGGCGAAUUCUAUUUUUUCUAAUAGCAGCUUUAUUAGAAUACAAAGUGGCGACCCAGAGACCCUGCAAUGUCCAUCGGUUGAACAUAAACUAUGUUCAGGGUGACAAUAUGUCUAUUUCUUGCCUAACCACAACCCACCCGCUGGAGUCUCUGACAGUGAAACUAAGCAGGACAAACCCGCUUCAACACAUCCUAAAGUAUUCAAACAACUCUUCAGCAUUAGAGCAUCAGAGAUGGUCUGUGAGAAAUGAUGCUGGAAAUGUUACACUUGAUCUGAAAGAUAUCAGUUUAUCUGAUCAAGGUCAUUAUGAAUGUGAAGUCUACAAUGAUUGGGACUGCCUUAAAGCAACUCUUUUUAAUCUGAAGGUCAAAGAGUGUAAAACUUUGGAUUCUGUCCAUGCAACUCCAGACUCUUCAGUGUUGCUGCCAUGCUCUGAACAUCCUCUACAAUUCAGAACUGAUCAAGUAACUUGGAAAAUCUUUCAUGGUCACCAACAAACAGAAAUAGCUCAAUAUCGCCAUCCACACAAGCCCUCAAACAGCACAGAGAGAGUCCCGAAGCCUCUGUAUGAGAGAGCGAGAACACUUGGGAAUGGAUCUCUGCUCAUAAGGGAUGCAGUAAAAACUGAUGGAUCAUGGUAUCAGUGCAGAGUGAGUGAAAAAACCUGCUAUGAGGUGAAGCUCGUCAUGAAAGUGUUUGCAGAUGCUCCAACCAAAGCUGACAGUCCUGCAGCAGUAACAAAUAAUCUGAUAGCAGUAGUGAUGACUACAAUAGUGUCUCUGUGUGUCCUCAUAACACUGAUUGUCUGUGUGAUUCUUUAUUUCAAAAAAGGAAAGAGCAAAAGCAACAGCCAAAUUGAAUUGGACUGCUGGUCUUCUGUGUCUUAUUCUGAAAUGUCAGGAGGGUUUGAUGUCUCGUUCUAUUCUCAACCACCUGUAAGUUACUGAAACAGAUGAUGACUGGUGUAAUGUUGUAAACCACAUCACAAGAUAUGCUGUACCGCUUGCAUAGCCAUUUUUGUAAACUUUUAACUUACUUCAUAACAUGGCUGGACAUUUAAAUGGAUAUGCACACAUCUGCAAAUGUGCACAUGAUUCAAAGAACUUUUGAACUAUCAUUUCCUCACAGUUGGUGUGAACAAACAGAUGCAACAGCAUGCAAAUGAGAUCAGAUGUAUGAUGAUUUAAACUUUUUUUAGAUAAGUCUUUGAUAAAGUCCAAAUUUAGUAGUUUAGCCUUCUUUCAAAAUUGAU